GGAACCAUGACGUUUGAUAACUUGGCAUCUCACGUAAGAUGCGUCGGACAGAUGCCGCUUCGUUCUCAACGUGCCUGCAAAAAAAGACCCUCGAAAUAGUUUAUUUGUUGCGUGAAAGUUACGCCGAGUCAUUGUCACCCGCGGCUGGUGCAAUUGUGGCGGUCUGCCUUCAAGCGAAAGCCGUUGCCGACAGCUGCCGUCUGAACGAACGCUGUGAAGGGAAAGCGAGCCUUGUGGGCCGAUCUAAUAUCCUGCCAUCGAUAUCGCCAUGACCAGACUCAACGUCAGCAGCGUCUUGUUACUAGCCGGGGUGCUCCCCUAACCCAAAUUCGUAUCACCUUCGAAAAACAACAACGAUAGAUAAAAACAAGACGUAGGACGAUUCGCCUGGAUGAUCUCCUCCUCCUGUGGCAUCUUCAUUUGGACAACGGAUACGAAGCAAGCCCCCAGGCUAUG